UAUGUUGUCACUAUUACGAAUAGUUUCUUAGUUCCUGUUAAAAUGUUAUCGGGUAGCUCAGUUUAUAUUGAGCUUUUAUUUUUUGUGCUGUUAUUACAUUCCAGUAGAGAUGUAUACGGGUUCACAGAUACAGCUGGUUAUACAACCUCAUCACAAUCUUCGGAGACAGAAGAAACAGAAGCGACUGAUUAUUUUGAUGACAUAAUUUUUCCAGUCAUAAAUGUAUCUUAUUAUGAUAUGACGGCCAAUGGUACUACUUUACCAUAUUUACCUACAACAACAACAGCUAAUGAACCUAACUCGACAACAUGUGAACCAGCCACUAUAUCACUUCAAAACGCAACAGAUCAUUCACAUGAUUCGACUAUAGCGAUAGAAACAACGGCAACAACGGAAACAGCUACAACAAUGGGCGUGACAACAAGAGAAAUGGAGACGACAACAGUAAUGAUGACAACAGAUAUGAUCACAACAGUUGUACCUAUUCCGAAUAUACACAAAUUUUCGCUGAAAAAUGGGAGCUCUUACUGCUUUCUGUUUCAAAGCGAUAUAAUAUUUCAAAUUUUCUAUCACAGUGAGAAUAAACUGGUAAAAUCUUACAAAUUUACUGUAUCCAAUGCUACUAUUAACGAUAAUGAAAGUGUAUGUAGUGAACAUUAUACGAAAUUAUCACUCACGUUCAUACCAUAUGGACAAAACGAAGAGCAUAAGUGGACAUUAGUUCUUUUGUUUAAUCGUAUGGAACCAAACAAAACUUCAAAUGAUUCGAAUACUGUGAGAUCUAUCUAUACUUUGAACAGUUUGAUAUUAACUUAUUAUAUGGAUAAGAAUUUAUUUCCGGAUUCAUUGACACCAGGUCAAUAUGUUAAUGUAUCCAGUAAUAAUAUAGUAUUUAGAAUACCUGUUGGAUCAUAUUAUUCAUGUUUGACUGUACCGGAAAUCGCCCUAACUGGAAAUGAAAAAUUCUUUGGUAGUUGCAAGUUAUUUAUGAGAAAUUUGAAAGUAGAAGCAUUCAUGAACAAUUCUGUGGAAGCAUUUAUUGGAAACGGUUCUUGGCGGUUCAUCCCAGAAGCUAGAAUUUUCACCGUAGUCAAUAAUACUAGGAGGAAUUAACAAAUUUACUGUGGCUGUUCAUUUUAACUUCCAAAUUUAUUUUCUUUUGAAAUAAUAGCUGAUUCAAGUCAAAGAAAAUUCUGCUUUCUGAAUUUUGUGUUUGAUAAAUAGUUCAGCUAGUGUGUACUACAGUUUUCUUGUUUUACUAGGAACAUAAAUGUUUAAUUUGUUGCUAACCGAUUAAAUUACUAUGACAUAUCCGUAAAGUAAUCAAUUCUAAAAAAUAUGUGAGUAGUAUCAAUACUACUUAAAAAUCAGGUUGUCAGAAAAACCUGAGAUUUAAUCAUUUUUCACUUAAAUAUACUUUAUUUAAUCAGCUUUAUAGAAAGAAAUAUAAAAAAAUAGUAGAACUAAUUCUCUGCUUGGAUAUGUUUCUUUCGUUAAUAGAUAUAGUAAUCUUUUUGUCAAGAUUGCUGUUAUCUACUUAUCAAGGAAUUUGUCACCAUAGUUAUGAAAUAUUAUCACGAGCUAAUAAGAUUGUUCCAUAAACCAAUGUUCUUCCGUUUUUUUUUAUAAAACAUUUAACUUGUAUCAAAGAUUUAAGCUUAUAAGCAUUAAAUUUUAAUCUUUCGCUGAAGAUUACUUCCAAAAUAACUUGUUUGUUUUCAAUACUUAACCAUUCCCUUUUAAUUUUCUUUUUAACAGAAACGUUAUGUGAUUCAGAUGUUAAUGUUAAUAAUAUGGUACCUAUUGGUGUUGGUAUUGCACUAAUUGUCUGUAUUGUGGUUGCCAUAACUGUAUUUAUUGUUUUCAGCAAACGCAAUCGUCGUAGUUACACUUCACUUUAACUAAAUGUGUUCCCUUCAUGUACGAAUUUAUUUUAUAUAAUGUAUCGCAUUCUUAUGUGUUUUUAGGUAUUUGGAUGUUUGUAUGUAUGUAUGAUUAAGUAUGCGUUUUCCAGCAUGGGGAUUAGUAAGUGAACUGACUAUCAUUUGAAAUAUUCAGGUAUUUCAUCUAACCUGUUGUGUUUUACUGACAACUCAAUUUGUGUUUAAAUAUUUUAACAUUUUCAAUGUCUUCCAUUACUAUUACUGAACAAUUCAGUCAAUUUACGAUUACAUGAUGUGAUUUUUAUCAGCAAUAUAUAUAUAUAUAUAUAUAUAUAUAUAUAUAUAUAUAUAUAUAUAUAAUGUAUGACGUUUUUCAAGUGGAUUUCAUUGAAUUUCCUAUGUGACAUGUCAAUCAUUACCUCCUUUGCUACCAUUUUUUUCUCUUGACACUCAUCUAUUCACAUUUUUUUGUAAUGAUUUUAACUACCUUAAUAAAACACAAUACAUAUUAUUUUUAG